AUGACGGCAAUGCGAGGCCCGCGUCUCCAGGUCGGGUCCGCGGCGUGGGUUGGCGAAGAGCGGGCGUCUGCAUUGCAGAUUGUGAAAUCGGAAGUCGAGGAGUUUUCGUACUCUGCCCACAAUGAGGUCGAGUGGCUUAACGAGCACAUGGCUGCGAUUCUGAACGGGAACGAAGUAAAUAUCACAGAAGCAUUUAAAACCCCAGGCAAACUUAGGGGCAAAACACCCUAUGCAGCUCGAAAGGGCAACGCAGCAGAGUCGCGAAUGCCUUUGUCCGAUGUAUUCGCAACGUCACCUACCGACUCGAGAAACCAACCCUCGGACCAAGCCAACCAUUCUCAGUCCCAUCAACUACAUCAGGUCGCCCUGAAGGCGGUACCGUUAGUCACCAAGCCCGUUUCUCCCCAGCGAAAUUUGUUCUCGCCAUCGCGACCGCGCCACCCUCGAGGCAUGCAAGAUUCUGGCUAUUAUGGGAGCCAGGACCAUAUUGCGACUGACGCAAGCGAGCUCGCGGAGCCUGAGGGUUUUGCAAAUCCCUACAGCGAUAUAGUGCUGCCGCCCGGCGGGUCAUCCGUCAGAAGAAGCCCAGUCCGAAAAAUCGUUCCUGUGUCUCCAAGCAAGACUUUCCAACCACCGAAAGAAGACUCGACGACACGUAAUCUACGAGAUGUACCAUUCAACAAGGCGCUAGAUGAACCAGAAACGUCAGCCAAGGAGGACUUCGAUUCGGACGAGGCAUACUCCGACGCGCCAGUGAUAUCCCCAGUUCGAUCACCAGUUCGAUCCCCCAAGAAUGCACCCAGCCUCGGUGCAAGACAAUCUCGGAACAGCCAUUUCGAUACCGGCAAUAGCAGCAGAACCAGCUACUACCAAAGGCAAACGGGCGGCAAAAGCCUCGGAAACCUCGCUAAGCGCGACUCUUUACACGAGGAGAAGGAAGAUGGAUUGGAACCGAAGGCAGAGGAUGCUUCCCCUGUCCAGGAAUCCUCCGAGGGUGACCGGCCGGGCGUGAAUCACACGAAGACAUAUACACAGAGAUUGCAAGAUCAAAUCAGCAUGUUGAGCAAACCGCAGGGCGGCUUUGGGCAAACCAAAGCGAUCGCCAAUGCGGCGGCGCUUCAGCAAGAGCCCGCCCAAGCGCAUGUUUCCAACCAUUUCAAACCAUCAUCCAUAUCAACCAUGCCUCUGGAUCCAUCAGCACUGGCAAAAGACACUACCGCUCCAUCAGAGGCGAUUCCCAUUUCCUUCGCCAGCCUGGCGGCUUCGCAAGAUGACUUGGCUGACAACCCCUUCAAAUCGCCUUCUCGGCGGGAAAGCCCUUUGAAGCACGUCAGGAGCAAGUUAUCGUCCAUUCUAAAGAGCUCUCGCGGUCUACUCGCCAGCAAUGCUGACGGUAAGGCCCUGAUGUCACCCUCCACCACUCGUCUGGCCUUGCAUGCUGGAGCGUCUACAGAUUCCCUCGCUUUGAGGGCUCAAGAUGUUGAGCCUCAAAUUAUGGAUCCUACGAGCCCAUCGAAGCCGGUAGCCCGCCGCACCAGGGCGUCUACAGAGCGAGAGAAGGAGCAAAAGCGCCUAGAAAAUGAAGUCAAGCGCAUGGAGGAGCAGAUGGACAAGCUUGACAAGGCGCGAGAGAAGGAGCGCGAAAAAGCUCGGGCUUUCACCCAAGAGCAAGAAAAGGUGGCCACUAUGGAAAAGGAGGUGGUUACCAAGAAACAAGACGAGAGGCUGGCAUCCAAGGCAACCCCCAACCCCCCCAAGGCUGGCCCUCCUAGUCCCCGCAAGAUGAGAGCCGGUGAAGAACCUCAGUCCAGACAGUUUGACCGCGAUAUCGACAUGUCUGACGCGCAGCCUCCCAUGCCUCCGCCUUCUUCUACCAAACCUACCCUACCCGGCCCAGUGGCACGUGGCAAGGACAGCAAGCGACCAGUGAAGCCAAUCAAGGAUUCGGCUUCCAAAAUCAAGGCUCCCCCUACUGUCAUCAGGGUCAAUACCUGCUCACAGCAUUCGCAAUAUCAACCUGCUGGCAGCCGCGUCUCCACCGCGUCUCAUGAUACCUUGAACUCUAACCAUUCGACUGCUUCAUCAAAGUCCGGCAAGUCCAUCUACCAAGCCAAGUCUUCAGCACCGAACACGAAGCCCCCUCCUUCUGCUGGUCGACCCAAGGCGGCAGAAUUGGCGGCCAGGAAAAAGGAGCAGGACGAAAGGGAAUCGCAGCGGCGUCGCGAAGCCAAGGCAGAAAUGGAGAGAAAGCGAAUAGCAGCUCAAGAGGAGCAGCGGAAACAAGACCAACAAAGGCGCCUUGAACUGGAGCGGCAGCGGCAGCAGGAAGAAGAGAAGAAGAGUGCGCAGAGGCAGGCUGCCAUUGAAAAGGCCAAGCAAACCAGAGCUCCGCCACCAGCAGCACGAUCACAACCGAAUGGCACGUCCGACACAGCCUUGCCUCAGCCAAAGUCAGCAUCUUCAAAAGCCGAGGGCCAGCCUGCUCGGCCGCCUUCUCGGUUGGCCGGAAUGCGCGAUGAUCCGAACAGGCCGGUCAAUGCCAUUCUGUCAAACGCCGCCAAGGCAGGCGCAAAACGUACCUUUGGGCCGGAGACGACUGAGGAGACGUAUUCAAGACCCCCGCCUUCUCGAGGUGGGCCGGCAUACCAGACGAAGGAUUCCAAGCGGCGCCGGACCAGUGAACACAACGAUGAUGAGUCGGAGGUGGACAGUGCUCCUAAGAUCAAGGGUGCGCCAGUAAGGCCGUCAACCGGAUUCAAGAAGGAUCUGCCGACGAAAUCUGCCUUCCAGAAUGGAUACGCGGCUGCACCUCAGAGCGCCUCUCGAGACUUGUUCAAGGCUGCCGUCACAUCUCAGCAUCACAGCCAGAUGAAAGCAGCUCACCCCCUCGAUAUGGCGCAGAUCUCCAAGGGCCCCAUACCUUUUGCGCCUGGCUCCAAUGCUGCUGGGUCUUCUCACAAGACGCCGGCUCGGCCAGGACAGCUGGCAAGUGUCAAGGGGAGUGUGAGGAAGGCUUCGCCGCGGUUCCAGAACGGCGAUUCGAUUGAACUUCCCGAAAUUCAGACUGAUGAUGAUGAAGACGACGAUGACGAAGGCGGAGGCAUGGCCGUGGCGGCGUGGGCUGACUCCCCGGACUUGCGCCGGGCACUCAUGAGGCAAGAGUCGAUGGACCCGACACAGAUCUUUGGCCCACCGGCGCCUUUGAUCAUGGAAGAAGUCUUCAACAAGAGCAAAGACAAGUGGCACAAGUUUCGCCAGAGGACAUCCAGUGCCAACUGGAGCGGCCUCGAUCGUUUGACUGAAGAUGACAUCAGAAAGGAUAUGGCGGCUCGUGACAAGCUGCGGCGAGAUGGUGGCUGGUCUUAUGAGAUGAGCAAGGACAUGCUAUAA